UUUUUUCCCCCUCCGCUGUUUGACUUGGUUUUGAGGAGCGAACAGCCUCUUUUCAUUGCAGUUUCUCCUCCUCCUCGCGGCUUUAAAGAUGCGGCCGAACAGGUCUGCUGUCGCUUUGUGUAAAGUGAGGCACGCCAGCGGUUCUGUAAAGGGGAAGAAUAUGAUGCACCAGUGGCGCCUUCCCAUCGCCCUAACUCUCGGUCUGAUUUGGUACUUUUCGGACUACUUCGGUCGCACGGUGACACAGUACUUCGUGUGUUUCCUCUUUUGCCUUUCUAUCCCGCUGUUGUUCGGAAACAACGGGCGAGAGAGCAGUACCCAGACUGAUGAAGAGACGAAGGAACAUCCGCUUCAGGAAACUGCUGGGGAAGAGUCCUUCCAUUUGACCCACAAUAAAGAGACGGUUAAGAGCAACUCCCUGAGCUCUCAGUGUCCACAUGUCAAGAAGUCUCUGCGGCAAGUGUUCGAGUGCGCCUACGCUCGGCACGUCCAGCCCUGGUACGGCGUCCCCGAGCCCCGCGAGUACCAGCCUCUGCACAGGGUGCUCAGCAGGGAGGUGGACUUCGUAAUCGACCGCAUCAUCGAGAGGUCCAGAGAUUUUGACAUCUGCCAGGCUGUGGUGGGCUCCAUUAGGAUUCUAACCCAGCAUUUUCAUAAUGCAAAGCAGUCUGACAGAGAGCCUUUGUUCAGUUCCGCUGCAGUGGAAGUGGCAGUUCUCAGAGAGCUUUCCGAUGCAUUGAUACGCAACCUUUGCCCCAAGUCGUUUUGGGGGCAAGAAAUCAACCAUUGUGUCUUAAAUGAGAUCAUUGCCUUAAAGGGGUUGAGGCAGUUGGUGAACUGGCUGGCCAACCCCGACAACCUGAACCAGCUGGUGGUGAAUCUGCUCGACAGCGUUGCCCUGAAGAGCCCUGCAGAUGAGCAGCCUGUAGAUCAGGCUUCGCAGGAGGGUGACGGCGAUGUGGAAGGCGGCAAAGCGAGACUGCCAGGAGCAGAGAAUUCACCAGGUUCUGUCGGAAGCAAAAGGAGACGUAGGUUUGAUAAAUUAUUCAUUUGCCACAGAAUAAGGGUAGGUUGGUCCAGAUUUGUGGGCAAGAUGAGGUCCAAGAAAGCCAAGAAGAAGAAGAUGAAAAAGUUGGAGCAGGACCUAAUUUUGUCAAUCAUGGCGGCCCAGAGGAGCAUGUCAGAGGACGAUGCUAGCAGCAUAGAGGGAUCGUUGCUCAACCAGGAUGACUCUGAGAGGGAAGACAGCGAUCUAGAGGAUUAUCUGGCAAGCGUCCAGGAGGACCUGAUGGAAUUUAAGUUGUCUUAUGAGAUGUGGCGUGUUGGCUGCUGGACCGUCAGCAUCCCUCAGGUCGACUGUGAGGAAGAGGAGCUAAUCUUUACAAUACACUUGGAGGAAAAAGACAGCCCUGAAAAUCUACAGUGGGAUAUCAAGAAGACCUACAAAGAUAUUGUUUUUUUCCGCAACAGAUGGCAGGACUCUACCAGCCUUCCUACGAUCUUACAGCUGGAUGAAUCCAACAUUAAUGAUGAGGUUAAAGAAGAAGCGAGAGCAUCAGUCAGACACUUCCUGCAGGAAUUGGUUUCAGAUAACGCAAUUGGCUACAGUCAGCCUGUUUUUCAAUUCUUGUGUCCUCUCGAUAAACUGCUGAGUGAAAAAGAGCAUUAUGAUGGUGUGUGGGGCCUGCUCAGUGGCUUGGCCUACUUCCUCACUCCUGGCCAAGAAGAAGAGGAGAACUCUAACCCACAGACAGAAGUCCCAAAAGAGAGCCCGAUGCCAGAUCCAGACUCCUCAGCUCCUACAGUCGAGAACCAUCUGGAUUCUGAGGGCAGCAGAGACUUUCCUGCUUCUGCACUCCCAACUGUUGUUAUCUCCCAGUACAACACCCCUCCACGGCAGCCCAACGAGGCAGAAACAAACCCAGCUCCACAACCUGCCGUUAACUCAGGCUCCUGGCAUGAAAACUCCUCCCAAGGCAAAUCGGAGGACUCUGAUAAUACCUUUACAUCUCACUUGAAACUGAUCCUCAAAGGACUGACCAGAUCCAGGUCACAAGAGUCCCUGGCCUCGGCAAAGAGCAGCGGUGAGGAAGAGCAGCUUGAUGAAGCAGCAGGCUCGCAGCAGGAGGGCUUAGAGGGUCUGUCGCAGCUCCGUGUCGGCACGAAGCUGAAUAAAAAGGAGAAGACUAUCAGGACGCCGGCGGGAGGGAACAAGAGCAAAGGAAAGGAGACUCGGGGUGCUCCGCAGAGAGGGGACGAGUCUCAGAGGGGCCAAGUCAACUGGGAGCAGCUGGAGGCAACUAAAGCCAUAUUUGAUCUGCUGAAAGAAAUAUCUGGCAAUUCCAUCCUUUUCAACAUAUUUGAUGCCAUUUUGAAACCGGUGAUGCCCAUCUUAAAGAAGAAGAUCAACACUUUCCUGAACAAGUUGAAUCCAACAGAGGAGCAGAUGACUGUGUACAUCGACACCCUGCGGGACAAACUGUGGCCGAAGUUGGAAAAAAAGCUGCCGCUGAAGCCGCCUCCUCUUCCUCGCUCCGAUGAUGAGAAGAAAGAGACCAAAGACCGAGCACAUGACCUCAUCAACGCUCGAUAUUCUAGUUGCAUCAUCCUGAAGAAGACAGACGUAGAGUCCAUUUUUAAUAUUCUCCAGAACAGCGAGGAAAAUAAAAUUCUUCUCUAUACGCUUCUUUCAUUCCUGUUAAAACAAUUUCUUCCCAACGAGAAUUUAUCGACUACGAGAGCUGCUGUUCUUCAGAAACGGACCAACAACUGAUCUGUGAAACCCUUAAUGUGUCUUAUUUAUGCAACUGUUUUGAUAUUUUUAUACUAUUUUUAUUGCCUUAAAAUGUUUGGGUUACAAGUGCAUGAAUGUUGAACACCUUUUCUCUUUACCUCAAACACAAUGCAAGUGUUUUUUUUUGUUUUGUUUUUUGAUUUCUGGACUGUUUUUGUUCAUGUUUUCCUGACGGUGUGAAGAACUGUGACUUAUGAAGGAAUUCAGAAAUAUCUUUUUUGGAGCCAGUUUGAAAUAUUUCCACUUAUUAUUAUUAUUAUUGUUAUUAUUAUGAUAAUAAUCUCAGGAAGAUAAAUUUGUGUGUUAAAUUUUUAUGUUACCAUUUUUAAUUUAUAUUUCUAAGAUAAUUUGUCACUUUAAGCACUUUGGUAUCAUGUUUAAUUCUUAAAAUCACUGUUUAUUAAACCAAAUUUGUCUUAAAUUUUAUGUCAGUACAUUUAUGAAAACAGUGCCACUGUCUAAAGAAGCUUGAAGUCAUGUCAAUAAAACUUGAAUUUUUUUCCAAAUAAAAUGUAUGAUAUGAUGAAAGUGAUAUUUCUUUUCAGUAAUAGUUAUAGAGGAGAUUCUGUUGGCAGAAACUUAUUUAAACUCAACGUAUGAUGAAUUUUAUAAAGCAUCAGUUGUGUUCAAAAUUAGUUUUCCUUGGUAAAGUUUAUACUUUGAUUUAAUAAACACUGGAUAAAAGA